AUGGCUCUUAAGAGAAUUAAUAGAGAAUUGCAAGAAAUAGAGCGAGAUUCACCAUCAUUUUGUAGUGCUGGCCCGAUUGGUGAGGAUCUAUAUCAAUGGCAAGCCACGCUUUUGGGACCUGAUGAUGGUCCAUACGCUGG